AAUCAUUCUAUUUAAAAACUAGCAUUAGAGAUAUGGAUGCACAGUAGGGUUCUGUACGAACAAAGGCAUUAGAGGCUCUUCCGUGUGGAGUUUUUUUUAUGCAGUUUUUUGAGCAUGUUCUUCAUCAAGUAUAGUUUAUCCAUACCAAAGUUUAGCUCAAAAUUCAAUCGGGAAGACAGUCAAAUAAAUUCUUGAAAUAUAUGGUGCAUCUUGCGCACAUAUAAUGUGCAGUAUAUUUCAAGAAUUUAUUUGACUGUCUUCCCAAUCGAAUUUUGAGUUGAAAUUUGGUAUGGAUAAACUAGACUUGAUGAAGAACAUGCUCUAAAAAUUUCAUCAAAAAAUUCCAUCAGGAAGGGCCUCUGAUGGCUUUGUCCGUACGAAGCUUCAUGUACAUCAUAUGUACAGGAACAGCCCUCGUCUUAAAUGUAAUCUAACAUGGUAUGAUUUGAAGGGUUCGGCGGUUUUCCGCCGUUGCCUUAGUGUAGCCCGAUAUUUCCCUCUUCGCCUGUCAACCUUGGUUCGAAUUGUAUCGAUACUAAGGAAGGGCGAGAAGGUGGCUUUGGUUUGUUGCUAUCGGCAGGUUUUGGAAGAGUGCAGACGAAGACAUCAAAUUUGACUGCUGUGGCUGUGGGUUUGGGACGAGCAAGCUUUUCUCUCGAAGGGGCAUAUCGGCGGCUGUGGUUUGGGAUUUUUCAACUAUAUAUGGAGGAUGUGGUAGAGCAGUAUAGACGACUGGCUUUGGAGAAAGUAAAUAGUACACUGAAUUUUGAUGAUGAGGAAGAAGAAGAAGCAACCGUUCCAAAGGCAAAGGUGGCGGAGUUUCCGGUGGUGGGAGUCAUCCUCACCGACCGGAAAGUCAGAUCUCAGUCAGUACAGGAACUGUUUGUAUCGCUCUGGAGGCCAGGAAGAGGAAUGGCAUUUCAAGAAAUUGAUGAAAAGAGGUAUCUUUUCACUUUUAAUCAUAAAAUUGAUAUGAAUCGUGUUAUAGAAGAUGGUCCUUGGCUAUUUGAGUGGAAUCUGUUACUGCUAAAGGCAGUUGGCCCUAAUGAUAUACCGCAUAAAAUGGACUUGUUUGAAGCAGAGUUCUGGGUGCAAGUGCACAAUGUGCCGUACAAGUUUAUGAAUGUAGAUACUGCUAGGAGGGUGGGUAACUAUAUUGGGGAAUUUAUUAGUUUUUUGAUGAAAGCCAUUUUAAGGGAAAAUUGAGUUCUUACUUGAGGGUUAGGAUAAAGAUGGAUGUCAGAAGACCCCUAAAAAAGGGUUCCACUUUGACUAAGGGAGGGGAAGGACACUGGGUAGAUUUUAAAUAUGAAAAACUACCAAGCUUCUGCUUCAUUUGUGGGAUUAUGGGGCACUCUGAGAAGUUUUGUCCAUUAAAAUAUGUGGAGGGUCUAGUUUUGGAGAAAAAUUUUAGUGCUGAUCUCAGAGCAGGUGGUGGGGGUAAGAUUAGCCCCACGAGGGGCGGUAAGUGGUUGGGGGAUAAACAGGGAGGUUCGAGACAGCACUAGAGGGCUCAACAUAAUGGAGAAGGCACUAUGGGACAGGAACGUAGGGGAAAUACAGCUGAGUCUGAUAGCAGUGGCACAAAGGAAGAGACUAGAAGCGGUGCAGGGGAGGUCGCGGUGGAUCAAAAGCGUAGGAGAGUCUGGAAGGAACCGUCAGAGGAAAACAACUCAGGGGAGGAGAUGGCACUGGACAACACAAAAACGGGGAGGAGGCGGGUCCCAGCUCCUAGGCCCGCCUGAUGUGUUCAUGAAGCUGCAGGUGCAGAGUUUCCACGGUGGUGCUUAUUUUAUUAUUGCUUGUUUUGUUUCUUUUGAUGGUCAGGCUGUUGUUUUGGUUAUUUGUUUUGGUUAUUUAUGUAAGACUCUUGCAUUAGGCUCGGGUGAUGAGUUUGCUGCAGUAACCAUUAUUGGCUCAGUUAUGCCCAGUUUAGGAUCAGCGAGUUAUACUGCUUUUUGAAGGUGGUUAACUAAGA